AUUGGAUAAUUAUUUUAGUUAAUCAUGAAGAAUCAAGAAGUAUGGUUCCUUUGUGUCCUAACAAUUAUGUUGUCCUUAGGAGAGUCCAAAAAGUUCCUUGUAGAAACAAUGGACGACAUACCUGGUGGAAAUGAAGGAGUUCUAUUUCUAAUGGCAGAUGAAGUGAGUGGUGACGACUAUUAUAUGCGUAUUGAACUACCGAAAGCACCAUUCCAAGAGAAAGUUCCGUGUAAAGAACGAACUGGUAACACCACAUGUCCUGAACUUAUGUCUUGUCUUAGAGAUCAUUGUUACUAUGAAGGACAAGAGGAUCCAUGGGUAAUUCAAGAUAUACCUUGUGCUGAGCGAGUUGGGAAAUUCGCAUGUCCUUUUGGAUGGAAGUGUGACGUAGACAAAUGCGUCAAACUUAAAAUUCCCUGUGACGAUGGAAAGUGUCCUGAUAGAAUGAGUUGUAUGGUACCAAUGGAUGGGGGGCCGGGCCCGUAUUGUGCUCCAUCAAUCGACAUCCCUGAUCACACUGACACUGGGAAUCCUAAAACCUACAUCAUAGAGACUGACGAGGAAGACGACCUCGCAGAAGUCUAGAAGUUUGUGAAGAAUGACGAACCAAAGAAAACUUGAAAACUGAAAAGAUUUUAGGUAGAUUUGGAUUCCCAGUUGAAUAUGAUGAACAUGCACAUGCAUUACUUUUUAUUUUUAUUGUGUUCAAAAUUCAAAAAUAAAUUAUGCUCAUUUAA